AUGAGCUCACCAGCUCAUGCUAUAUACUCAUCCACACUUAGCUUAAGUUUACAAGGACAUGAAUUUCAACCUCAAUAUGGUUUUCAAUUGAUUUUUAAUAAUACAGCUCAAAGUCUAUUAUUGUGCGCCGCUGCAUGUACUCAAAAUCCACCAUGCCGGACUUUUGAUUAUGAUUCAAGUUCACACCGUUGUCGACUGUUCGAAGCGGAUCUUACCAAUGGAGCAAUCAUUGCUGUGGCUUCUCAAACGUCUAUUGUUGGCAGUGUGAUACUUUCAGCAUCAUUAUAUGCAUCGAUGUACAAUCAAUCUUGUUCAGCUUGUCAAGAAAAUCGAUAUCAGACUUGUUCAUCGACUACGAGCACGUGCCAAUGUCCAGGGAAUAGUUAUUGGAAUGGCAGCAUGUGUCCAUUACAAUUAUUUGCAAAUGCAACUUGUAGUCAAAUUGAUGCUUGUCGAAGUGAUCUUAAUCUUAGUUGUAUCAUAAAUUCUUAUGGUGAAUUCACUCAAUGUUUAACAGAUCUGUCAACAUUUGAAAAAGUGAUGAAUCCUGCGAAUAUUGUAGAUUGUUUGUGUGAUUUGGUGAAAAACAAUCUUAGUUUACAUUCAACAUCGGAUAUCUCAUCAAAAGAACGUGAAAUUGCUCAGCAUUUGUGUGAAACAAUUGUAACAUUUAAUAAAUGUAAAAGAGUUGAAUACGAAGAGGAGACGACAUUAGAUCUUUAUGAAAUGUCAAAUGAUUACGAAAGUGAGGUCGAUGAUACCACUUCUCAUGAUGAUGAUAGUUCUGAAGCUGAUGAUGAAUUGGAAUCAGAGGAAAAAGAACGAGAAGGUUGUAAUGUAAAGGGCUAUUCUUUGGAAUAUAUGAAAGAAGUUGUUGCUUAUGCUGAUGCUAAAGAUUCAUCGGGUAAACGAAGGAGAUCAUGGAAGACAGUGCAUCAUAAAUACAAAAAAGUUCCAGAUCAAGCAUACAUAAGUCGAUUCCGUAAUUAUAUUGAACAACAGGGUACGAAACGACAAAAAACACAAAAUUUAGAUGAUAUGGUGUUCAAAAUAUUUGUAGGGGCAAGAGAAAAGAGUCUUAUGGUUCAUGAUAUUGAUAUUAAAAGAUGGGGUUUGAAAGCAGCAAAAGAAAUUAAAUUAGAUGAAUUUAGUGCAUCAGACAGAUGGCUAAGAAAUUUCAAAGGUAGACACGGAAUAGUUUCUCGUCGGAUUCUGAAUACCGAUCAAGUUGGCAUUGAAAAAGAAGCACAUUCAACCAGAACAUUAUCGUUUGGGGGAGAGAAAAAGACUUUCGGCACGGUGGCCUCAAAAAAUGCAAGUACUCACUCAUAUACAGUACAACCAACGAUUUCCCUUGAUGGAAAACAGGUAGGUCCUAUUUUAUUAUGUUUACAGGAGCCGAAAGGUAAGCUAGGAGAAGGUGUUAAAAAUAAGUUGUUUAAACCUUCUAACGUUGUAAUUACAUGUUCAGCAUCAGGCAAAUUGACAUCAUCUUUAGUUGCCUAUUGGCGUGAUAAUUGUCUCUUACCUUCUAUUGGAGGUAAAUGUCUUUUGCUUUCCGACAGUUGGUCUGCUCAGAAUGAUAUGUCAUUGUAUGAUAAAGCCAAUUGUCAAAAUAAACAUAUAACACGAAUUCAAACUCCACAGAAAACAACAAGUGAUUUACAGCCAUUGGACGUGUAUUAUAACAGACAGAUGAAAAAUUUUAUUAAAAGAAUUUAUAAUAGAGUUGCUUUGGAUGAAAUACCAAUACAUAUGUAUGAAAGAAAUAAUAUAAUAAAGAUUGUAUCAUUAGUUCAUAAUCAGCUUUCAGCACCAAUCUUCCGUCAAAUGAUACGUUAUUCUUGGUAUGCAAGUGGACUGUCAAAAACAGAUCCAACUCCUUUUUUCAAUAUCAAUGAAGUAUGUUUUCCACCAAUUACAUCACAUGAAGAGUGUUCAGUAGAUAACUGUGACGAUGCUGUUUUAAUUACUUGUGCAUUUUGUUCCGAGAAAUUUUGUUUCCAUGACUUUUUUGUCAACUACCAUUUUCAUGAUUAA